CUUCAGUGGAAUCCAUUCUCCUGGAGUGAAGGGUUUUCAUAUACAUCGUGUCCUGGAGAAAGAGUCCCUUGUGUUUACCCAUGUCCCUGAUACAAACCCCCUCCAUAAUUAUUCCGAAAUAUUCAAUGACGGGGCCAUACAAAGGACGAAUGAGCACGAAAAGCAGCCCGCUGUUUCCCGGGUCUUCAUGUUCUCUGUCUACACAGUUUCUUAUUCAAGACCACAUGUCCACACACUACCGAAAGCUGAAUUCUGCAAAAGCUGCUGUGGACUCAUCUGCACCAAGAAGUCUAUCCAGAAGCAUUAAGUACAGAGAUCAGCAGAACAAAGAGCGGCUGCUCAGAGCUGUUGAAAAAUUCAAGAAAGAACUUCAACAAAUCUGUUCAACAUCUCAUCAUCAUUCACUGCGCAAUUUCCCAGAACAAGACAAGGUUUAUUACGGACACAAAAAACCCCAAGUAGACACAGAAAAACUUUUCGAUGUGUACGAGUCAAGAUCUCAAACCUCCUCCCCAGUCCUCACAGCCAGAGAAGUCAUGGGCCUUAUAGACAAGGAGCUUAGAGAUGCGAGUCCCAGGACUUCUGUCUAUCAAAGUUCUCACAAAAAGAAACCGUACAAUGACCCUCAAAAGCAAACCUACAGCGGAGAUCUCCUGGACAAACACCCUGCAAGCUUCACUAGCACAAAGACACCAUUCAAGCCGCGGUUACUGAAGAAACCCUCCAAGUCCUUCCUGUCAAAGUACAGGUAUUACAUGGCACCUACCUAUAAGAGCUCUCCAAGGACAUCAUCAAGACAAGACAAGGCAAAGGUGUCCAGGUCCCUGGAAGAUUUAAAUGGUCCUGUGGAAAUGAUCAAUCGCACACCUCCAUCAAAGACGGAAAAGUGGUGGAACAUGGCGGAAAGAACCAAGGAAGAAGAUCUUAAGUAUCUCCGUUUUCUUGAAGACCUCACCAAUGACAUCAUACUAAGAGGCUGCAGGUCCAAUAGCGCCAUGGAGCGUGUAAUUCAGGACCACCUUCUUCGAAAGCAUCCGCACCUUGAUGAGGUAAAGAAGAUGAUUCUGGUGCAGGAGCUGAGAGAUGAACUAGAAAGGAAUGUGAAGUUAGACUUUUCCAUUAGCUAUGAGGGGACUCAAUACGGCUCCAGAUAUCGUCCUCUACCUAGAAAUCUCCAUCGACUCUUAGAAGCCCAGUGACUCUUGUGACGUAGUGUCCUAAGGUUUCCUCAUCUUUCACAAUAAAUAUAUUCUGCAUUAGGACAGGAAAGCCCAGCUAGAAUGCGCUAAAGAGAAUUUCACAUUCAUGCAAAUUCAAAUGUUUUGGCUUAAAAUGCAAGUAAUCUGAUCAAAGUGUUAAAUUUGUAGUAUUUCUACGUGUUGACUUUUCAAAUCUAUUUUAAUUGUUUUAGUGCUAAGAAAAUUGAAGAAAAAAACUCUGAAGACUUUUUCCUUAAAUUUCUUACCGUUUUCUGUAUACAGCUCCUAUUCUCCAUGGUUACAGGGUACAAACAAACGCUGUGUAGCACUGCAUUAGAGUAAUAGAGUACAGUGCGGGUACGAAACAUAGACAAGUGCACAAACCAAUGACUGGUGAUUGUAUCGGAUGUGAUUUCACUUUUCUUUCUAUAUGUAGCACAUUUACCGGCACUGAAUAGAUUACGUGUGUAACUUGUAUUUUGAGCUAAUAAAAUGUGAUUUUCUGGACAGAGAACAUGUCAACCCCUUUAUUAUGAGAGAUAUUGUAUAUUAAGAAGAAGAUUUACACAGUUUCCAUUGAGAAUCAAUACAAGCUGUAUAAAUCUAUAUGAACAUUGCAGAAUUGCCGCAGCGUAAAUUCUGCCGAUGGAAUGGACGUCCGCCCGACUAUUUACUAAGAAGUACAGAUAGUCAACCAAAUGGUAAAACCCCCUAAAUCUCUGGAAACAAGACAGAAGUUAAAACAAAAAAUUUUCAAUAAUAAAAAGAUCUUAGCCUUAUUGGUUUAGAAACUUUUUUUUUAUCCAUGGUUUGUUAAAUCCAUAAUUCGUGCUUUAUAUGACAUGAUCAGAAUCAUACAAUUUAGUCCCAGAAUUUUAAAAAAUCCCCCCAUAGAACUACAAGACAUAGAAAUAUGUACAGCACUGGUGUAUUUACAAAUAUUAGGAACAAUUAUAUAAAAAAGGGCUGUUUAAAUACAAGAUGAGGUUUUAUAUAAAAAUACAUAUUAAAAAAAGCUGCAAUUAGAAUUAGUGAGGGUUUGGUUCUUACAGAUUGUCUCCUGGGAAAAAAGCUUGUUUUUUGCGGGAUGAGUUUUAGGGGCACCAUUUACUGUACAUUAGAAUUAGAGAUGAGCGAACUUACAGUAAAUUGGAUUUGUCACGAACUUCUCGGCU